AUGGCUACCAUACAGGAGGCGGAGCAAAUUGUGCGACGCUUGACCAAGAAGUAUGGGUUUCUGAACGAAACAAUGAUGGACGACAUCGAACAAUUUAAUGCCCAGUAUCGCCGUGAGAUCGAUGAAAAUUGGCUGGCGAUGGAAAGCGCCGUAUCGCACUCCGUCAAGAUAUUGGCAAAGCAGAUCUAUGGCAGUGGUGCUCGGUUCGUCUUUGAACUUCUUCAGAAUGCAGAGGAUAAUAUCUUCAACAAGGCUCGCGAUGCAGAAGCGCUGCCUUUCGUCUCUUUCAAGAUAUAUCCAAAUAAGAUUAUCGUCGAGUGUAACGAAGACGGCUUUACAGAGCCAGACCUACAAGCUAUUUGCGCUGUUGGACAAAGCACCAAGUCAGCUUCCCACGGAUAUAUCGGCGCCAAAGGCAUUGGUUUCAAAUCCGUAUUUAUCGCAGCAUCUAGAGUUCAUAUUCAGUCUGGGAAUUUCUCAUUCGAGUUUCGGCAUAACAAGACAGACCCAGGUAUAGGCAUGGUUAGACCUAUCUGGGGAGACCCAGACGAACUUCAACAUCUGAGGAGGAUCAUCUCUAUGCAAUUUGACGAUCUACAGGAAACUUGUUUGCUCUUCCUGCGCAAGCUUGAGCAAAUCAGCUUGGAGUUCUACGAUGAGGACGGUGAGCUGGAACGAUCAAAGUACUUCCGCAAGCACAAGAUCGACAAGUAUCGCGUGUCUCUGGAGACUACAUCUGGCGCUCGUGGAGAUGAGACUACUCGGAGCCAAAUUUAUCACAUCACGAGACAAAUGGCGACCAACUUGGCCCGGAGCGACAAUCGCGAGCUUCCUGAUACCAAAGAGGCUAAGAAUGAUUCCUCAAAGGCAGAAGUCGUUUUGGCUUUCCCAAUCACCGACAACUCUGAACCGCUUAUCACUCAGAGGAACCAAGACCUGUUCGCAUUUUUACCUCUAAGAAGAUCCGAUUACAAGUUUUUAAUUCACUCCGAUUUUGAUACCAACGCCAAUCGACAGGAUAUCGUCACCACAUCACGGAGGAAUCUAGACCUUCGCGGUUGGAUUGCGUCCGCGUUCUUCCAGGCAGUUCUGCAGUUUUGCGAGCAUCCUAGACUCUGCUACGGCUGGCCUAUGUUCCUCCCGUCCUCCUCAGAUACCAGUUCCGAUGCAUUCUGGUCAGGCCUCAACCACGAGAUACAAAGCUUGAUGAAGAAAACCCCAGUACUGAAAUCCCGCAAUCGAAUCGACUUGCGCCUGGUAGGCGACGUUGUCAUUCUCACCAGCGAUGCCCAGGAUGCGGAAGGGCAUCCUUUGUUUGACGACCCGACCAAAGAUCUUUAUCUUUCGCCUAGCUAUUCCCAAGAUGCAAAGGAAAUUCUCAGAGGCUACGGACUAAGACUACUGAACAUCCAAACAGUUCUAAACUUACUGGAAACCGAUCUCCGCAGUCUCUACUCCAGGUUUCACGGAAAGAACACGACCGAUGAAUGGCACUCAGCUGUAGCACGCCUGCUUACCAAAACACUCAAGAAUUCCUCAUCUAUUCAACAGAGAUUGAAGUCGUUGCCUUUGCUCCCUCUGAGAUCGGGAGCGUGGACAUCGAAUGCAUCCGGGCCAGUGUAUUUCCCAAAGACGGGAGAUAUCAGCAUUCCUGACUCCUUAGACAUCAAAGUUAUCACUGUUUUUGCAUCCAGUAAUUCGGAAAGAAGCACCUUGUUCCAACACCUAGGAGUCUGUCAGGCCACAUAUGAAGACGUUAGAGCAUCGAUCCUCAGAUCGUUCGCCUCGAAAAAGGGCUUAUCGUUCGAAAUCCUAAAUGAGUAUUUGAGCUUUCUUUAUCUCACGCACCAAACUGGGAAGAAUGGGCCGGAAGAAUACACGAAAGUAGAGAUCGUCACAAUAGCUGGGAAGCGAGCGAACCCACAAGAGACGGAUGUAUACCUCCCUGGAACCCACCAUGCGUACAGUCCUUCAAGCCUUUUAACCGCCGAAGACCUCCCAAAAGGCUUAUCCGUGGAUUUUAUACACUCCAAACAUAUGGAAAGUACCCCAGACAAGCCGAGCGUCUUGCACCUCAGGUGGGAGACGUGGCUCUGCAAUUCCAUCGGUCAUUUUCCCUUUCUCAAACUCGAGGAAUCAGAUGCAACCGAACUGCUUGGAUCAAAAUGGCAUUUCCUGAGUGACUACUUCUCAGUCAGUAAAGACGAUAGCAUGGAUUUCCUACUCCAAAUACUUCACUACAUUCAGCAAUCAUGUCCCGAAAGGCCUUCCGACAGUCAAACACAAAAGGUGUUUGACUUGUACAACGCCAUAUACGCCAGACUUACAGUUGCUAGUGAUGGGCCAGUCGCGAAACUCAAGAUUAUACAAUUCUUUGAGAAAGGAGGUGUCCUCGACCCUAAUCAGAAUGAUCCUAUGUGGACGACAUCUCCGCUCUGUUUAUGGACAGCACCGCCAGAUAUGGUCAUGUUUCACUCUCUCAAGGCUUCCUACUUGGAAAGGAUGGAUAAUGAAAGAUUCAGGAACAUCGAAAACCUAUUUACAAGAACACUUCAAAUUCCGGAUGCGUCGUUGGAUGAUCUGGUGACCGAGUUGACCGAGCUUCGGGACGAAGGUUGCGAGGAAAUACCUCGCAUGCGGGCAAUCUAUGAUUACUUGCAUAAGGCAAACGUACCUUCGCCACUUCUCAAAGCUGCAUUUAAGGCAUCCCCCCUCAUCUAUUGCGAAACGCGGCAUGGCGAAUCAGGCUGGUAUAAGACAUCAGAUUGCCUAUGGUCUAGUGAAACCGUUAUCCGUGGUAAAGCCAUCCUGGAUGAAUGUUGGGAAGCUUAUGAGGAGUUCUUUGUCGGCAAACUAGGCGUGAAGCUGCUAACCUUGCAGAUGGUCUACGAUGAACUGCGACAAUCAUCCGGGAACAAUACGGAAGAGACCAAAGUGGCUAUUCUGUCACUCAAUGGUCUCCUACAAACAGAAACGACACUACUGGACCCGGAGCCGAUCAGACAAGCCAAAGUAUUUCCGGUCAGGUACCCAACUGGCACUGUCGUUCUGAGCUCUGCGAGCGUUGACUUUGCCAUUGGAGAUCGAGACAAGUUGAAGACGAUGUUUCGUGACAAGGUUGCUCUCUUGGACUUUGAGAUGGAAGAAGUCCGUCGCCUUAGACCGUUGAUCGAAUGGCUGAAACUCCAAGAUCGAUACUUGUCUAACUCCGUUGAAGAAAAUACGUUCAUCUUAGGUGAUUCGGAACGUCCAAUUUCUACACCUAACCGAGACCUCAAACGCAAGGCUUAUCAUAUUGCUCGUGUCGCUUCUACUUUCAACAGCCCUCGAUUUGAGGACGACCCCCUCGGUCUCUAUGAACAGCUUCGCACAAUGAGAGUCGUUGAGGUCGAAAGAAUAUCAUCUGUGCUGAAAAUCUUUCAGAACAAACAGUCGUUCGAGAUUCCAGUAGCAACCGCCAACGAGCAUAUCGAAGAUUCGACAGGAGAACUGACGAUUUAUGUCCCAAAGGAGCGCAGAGCGCAAGAGCUCUGCUUCGGUUCAGUUCUUCCUAGAAAGUUCGCGGCAUGGCUAAUGCACACCUCGAAGAGCUCCACGAAUGGACCGAUUGAAACGGACAUAGUUAAAGUCUUGACUGCAGUCUUUGCAAGUGAAAGAUUCGUCCUUGAUGAUGUUCUUGACGACCAGGGAAUCUUAACAGUGCCGUUCGACAACCGGGAUGAAGAAGACAACAGUGAUGAGGCAGAAGAGCACCAGACAGAAGAUCAGGAGGAGGAAGGUCAAGAACCACGACUACCAGGUAGUCGCCUCGAAACUAAUGAUACCUCUCCAGAACAACUUACACCCGAUCGUUCUUCUAUAAAUCCUGGUACGCCACCAUAUGCGGGUUCCUCCGGAAUUUCGCCAGAGGGAAGCCUUCCUGAAACACUCGUCGAGACCGUCUCCCAGCGAAGCCAGAUGUCAUAUCAGCCUCAUUCAGGAAGGGUACAUCGCUCCUCUCAAUCAGAUUUGUUUCCCGUCCCACCACAGCCAUUACACCACCCAAGCGGGCAGGCUCCUUCAAACCUGCUUUCGGCUAUAACCUCGCCGUCUGAGCAGCAAACUUCCGAAGACACUAGAUAUCGCUCAAUCCUGGACAGGGUUAUUGAAAAAGCCCGGAAUGCGGCAUUCCCAUCCAGAGGGUCAUUUGAUAUGACCCAUAUGCGGAAUGCUCUACCUGGAGGUGAUACGAACUCUUACCAGAGUUUCGAUGGCCUGGACAUCAUGGGAACAUUUCGUUCGACUAGCCAGCUAGAGCGCGACAAGAAGGUUGGGGCUGCAGGCGAGUUAUAUGUAUUCGAGCUUCUGUCAUGUCUCAACUUGCCAAAUUGGAACCGAACGAAUUGGCAAAGCACGAUCAGAUCGUACGCGACUAUCCACCCAGACUAUACGAACCUAGAGGCUUGGAGAGGGAGGGAAACCGCCGACCUAGUUUAUGCCGAUACUGAAGGACACUUGACAAAUACGCUGAUCGGUUGUGGCUAUCUUGGCCACGAUGAGUGGCAUGGGGCGCGUCCCAGAUAUUACAUAGAAGUCAAGACCACGACUGGGCCAUGCAGUACCGCAUUCUACAUGAGUGGCAAGCAAUACCAGCUGAUGCAACAAAUUCACCACACCGAAGACCAUUCGGAAGUAUAUAUGGUCUUCCGCGUGUUCCAGCUUGAUAGCGACGGGAUUGGCUUGUGUGUUUACACUGACCCAGAGAAACUCAGGCAAGAUGGGCGUCUACUCUUCAAAGGACAGGCGUGGUCAAUUACCCCAGGACCCAACAUGGGGUAG